AUGCGAACUUUCGAAAGUAUAGUUGUCUGUCUCUUCGCGCUCUACCUCACCUAUUACUGCCGUCGCCACUACUCGUCCACCUCCGAAGAGAUCCUUGAAGCUGUAACACCCAUUUUCGAGAAUAUCCAGAAAUCAGAUAUCAUGGCCUCAAUUAAGGAAGUACUCCUCCCUGCGACCGCUACAGGAACGCCGACAGCAAGCACUCUCUUCGAAGCAGCCACUGUGGUCCCAGAUACACCGUCAACACUCACCACCCCCCGCCGGGUCGCAAAGGCCUUUGAGGCAAUUGAGCAAUCUGAAGGUGCUGGGGCGCGUGUCCGCCGUUCUGUUGGUACCGCGCAGCUCAGGAACUUCAGCCCGUUCCUUAUGUUAGAUCACUUCACAAUUGGCCCUGGCGCUGGCUUCCCCGACCACCCGCACCGUGGCCAGGAAACGAUAACCUACCUCCUCUCUGGCUCCGUCGACCACGAAGACUUCGCUGGAAACAAGGGUACUAUCGGCCCCGGUGAUCUUCAAUUCAUGACAGCCGGUAAAGGCAUUAUGCACGCAGAGAUGCCCGGACUUGCAUCCACCACCCCUAACGUCGGCCUCCAGCUCUGGGUAGAUCUUCCUACGGCUCUCAAGUUUUGUGAACCUAGAUAUCGCGAUCUGAGAGGCGAUGAGAUCCCCGUCGUGGAGGCAGACGACGGGAAGGUGAGCAUCAAGAUUAUUUCCGGGGAGUCUCAGGGCGUAGAGGGCGUUAGGGAGCUUGCGUAUACACCUGUUUGGAUCUUUGACGUCACGGUCAAGGCUGGGGGGACCUUGAAGCAGAUCCUGCCAAAAGCGUGGAAUGCAUUCCUCUAUAUCCUGGAAGGCAGCAUCAUUGUCGAAGGAAAGGAUGUCCCGACAUUCCAUAAUGUGGUUUUUGAGAAAGAGGGCGACGGUGUUGUCGUUGAAGGAAAGACAGAUGCAAGAUUUGUUAUUAUCGCAGGACAACCUCUAGACCAGCCUGUGGUUCAGCACGGCCCAUUUGUGCUGAAUACCAAGGAACAGGUGUAUGAAGCCAUGAGGGACUACCACGGUUACCAGAAUGGCUUCGAGAGAGCAGAGGGUUGGAGGUCUGAAAUCGGGAAACGGAUGGAUUAA